AUGGCAAAGAGGGAUCUUCGAAAGCAAGAAGCGAAUCUCAUAUGGGGACCAUUUUUCCACUCACCAGAGUAUACCAUACCACCCCACCCGGCAAGGGCGAAUGAUGCCGAAAAUAAUUCUGAUGGUACUUUUGAAGUGGAGGGUCUAUCAGAAAGUUUGGAAGAUCUUGUUGGAACGUUUGAUCAACGAGUUUCUCAAUGUUUUAAAGAUAUGGGUGAAGACACGGAAGAUUUAGCACCUGUUCAAAUUAGGACGCAAGAUGAGAUUAUGUCCGAAAGCCAAAUUUGGUGGACAAUUACUGGGAAUUUCGGUACAAUGCCACCACUGGAUUUUUCAAAAACGCAAACAAGGGAACUGCAAUUGCCAGCUUUGAACCUUCAACCAAGAAAAGAAGUCCUUUCUUUAAAAAAUCAUUUGGUAAUCUGUAAUAAUAUUUUGUUUCUAUUUUUAUCUUCUGUGAAAACAAAGUAUUUUCAGGAUGGAAGUGAUCCUGGAAUAGAUGUAUCCGAUGAUGAGGAAUUAAGAGAAGUACUGGAUAUGCAUCAAUUAGUCUAUCAGCAAGGCCCACCAUCAGAUUCACCACCGCAAACAGCUGAACAAGUCAUCGAGGAAAUUGAUCAGAUGUUGCAGUCUUGCGAUUUUUCUGGAUCCGUAAUGACAGAUCGAACGAUGGAAUCUAUCGAUAGUAUGUAUUCAUCUAUGCGAUCACCAUUACAUUCAUCCCAUUCAGAAAUGGAUGCUAAAUUCAAACAAGCUGUAUCGAUAACUGCUUGUCCUGAAUAUUUAAAAUCGUUAACAUGCAGUAAACUAAUUGCUUUAAAUGCUGAGAUGGAACAACUAAUACAGGUUUAUAAUGAAAGUCUAGUGGAGCAGCUGGCUCAUAGGGAUGAACUGGAAUAUGAAAAAGAGAUGAAGAAUACUUUCAUAUCUUUGCUUCUUUCUAUUCAAAACAGACGGCGACAAUUUAAUAACGAUCGAAAACGGAAAGCACUUCGAUUUGAUAACUCCCAAUUACCACAGGUAUUUCUUGGUUUAUGCUGUUUUAAUUUUAUUAAAUGA